AUGAAUGGCAUCUCGUCCUAUCUCGCCAACCAGCCCAUCACGAAGCGCACCAUUCUUCACGGCGUGGCACGGAUAUUCGAUCCACUCGGAUAUCUCUCACCGUUCACAAUCCGAGCCCGCUUAGUCUUCCAGUCGUUAUGGGCACGCGAUCAAGGGUGGGAUGAUGCAUUGCAAGCCCCGCACCUCAUGCAGUGGGCGGACUGGUGUUCCGAGCUACCGCUCUUAAACUCGAUACGUCUGCCGCGCCUUCUGCCUUUGUCGUCGACUUCAUUGGACGGCAACGAUGAGAUCCACGUGUUCGCUGACGCCAGCCCCCGCGCGUAUGGAGCUGCAAUCUAUCUACGCACGUUCGAUCCACAGGAACAGUGGACCGCAUCCCUUCUCCUUGCCAAGGCACGUGUAGCACCGGUCAAGAGUGUCUCUCUUCCGCGCCUGGAACUCCUCGCGUGCCUCAUCGCUGCGCGGCUGGCUGCGCAUGCACGAAAGAUGCCACUACUCUCUCCGCUGCGUACGGAGUUCUGGACAGACUCCCCCGUCGCACUCCACUGGAUCACAAGCGCACAGUCCCGGACACCUGUCUUCGUUCAAAACCGUGUGAACGAAAUUCGCCGGUUGACAACAGACUCCGCAUGGCACCAUUGUAAGAGCCGGGACAACCCAGCAGAUCUUCUAACUCGCGGGAUUUCUGCUCAUCGCCUACAGAACGAGUCUCUCUGGUGGCAUGGACCUCCAUGGUUGUCUCAGCCCCGCAAUAACUGGCAUUCCGAGUGGUCCGAUCGUCCUCCGUCGCCACCACCGAGCACUGAGGACGCUCCUCUACCAUCGAUGUGCAACGCUGCGUCAGCAGAACGUCCUCCGCCUGUGUUCAGCUUAGAUCGUUACGGCACUCUCAGCCAAAUGCUUCGAGUCACUGCAUGGGUUGCCAGGUUCAUCAAGAACACCCAUCCCAGAAAAUCACACAACCGCGGCCCGUUAACUGCAUCCGAGAUCGCCGAAGCGGAGCUAUACUGGAUUCGGCAAGCCCAAGAGGAAGUCUUUCGCGAAACCCUCGCACUUCUUCGUCGUGCCCAUCCACUGCCCCGCUCGUCACGACUCGCGGCACUGCGGCCUUUCCUGGACAGCGACCAGAUCCUGCGUGUCGGGGGUCGACUAGCUGACCUUCUUGAUUCAGACAGCUUGAAACAUCCUAUCAUCUUACCAAACACGCACCUGUUCACGCAUCACACCGUGAUGCACACACAUGUACGUUUGUGCCACGCAGGGGUCCAGACGACGCUACUUGACCUGCGCAGUCGCUUUUGGAUCCUGAAGGGGCGUCAGGCAGUGAAGUGUGUCGUCGCUAGGUGCCUCGUAUGCCGCCGCAUGAAGCUUCGACCAGAGCACGCUCCAUUCGCUCCACUUCCGCGUGACCGUAUAACCGAGUCCGGACCAUUCCAUGUGAUCGGCGUGGAUUUCUGUGGCCCCCUUUAUGUCAAGCAGGGUCCGACUGUCACGAAGAGUUACGUCGCACUUUUUACGUGCGCCGUCACACGAGCCGUCCACCUGGAACUUGUUAGCGACAUGACCACUUCCUCGUUCCUGUUCGCCUUUCGGCGCUUCAUCGCGCGACGCGGCGUUCCAUCCGUAGUCUAUUCAGACAACGCCCGGACCUUCCAAAGAUGCGCCGGUAUCCUCGCUCUCCUGCCCGCCGAGGAUGUGCAAAACUUUGCCGCCAACCUUCGCAUCACCUGGAAGUUCAAUGUUCCCUACGCACCUUGGUGGGGCGGGUGGUGGGAGCGGAUGAUUCGGACCAUGAAAAGCGCACUGAAGGUCUCACUUGGACGAACGCGUCAGACCUUUGAAGGGCUCACCACGUUGCUCCACGAAAUUGAAGCGGUGAUAAAUAGUAGGCCGCUAACCGGUGUGAGUUCUGAUCCCAACGAAGCGCCACCAAUUACGCCCUCGCACUUCUUAACCGGCGGCAGAUCAAUCCAGCUCCCGGCAUCCCCAGAAGAGGAGCAGGUUGGGACGACGACGCUGCACAGGCUCAGGGAAGAGCAGCUGCAAGCUCUCGCGAUGUUUUGGCGGCGGUGGAAGAGAGAGUACCUCCUCCAGCUGCGCUCCGCCCACGAAAGUUCCCGCGGUGACCCAACGGCGUUGAAGGCGGGUGAUGUAGUCAUCGUGGGAGAUGACUCAACACCACAGCUCCUCUGGAAAACGGCAAUCGUAACCGCCAGCCACCCAGGUCGAGACGGCGUCGCAAGAGCAUUCACGCUAAGACUGCCGAACAAACGACAUAUCGUGCGCCCUGCGCAGCGGCUCUACCUACUCGAAGCUAGCGUGGAUCCUGGCCCCGGGGAGGAUGUUAAAGAUUGA